AUGACAUCUAACUUGGCAGAGGCGUUAAACUUUGUACUAAAGGCAACAAGAAACCUUCCAAUCAUUGCAUUGGUCCAGUCUACAUACUAUCGAAUGGGUUCACUCUUUGGUAAACGAGGACACAAAUGGACCAAAAUGCUAUCUCCAGGAAAAGUUUUCACAGAUGGUUGUAACAAGGGAAUGGUUGAUGAGGUAGCCAAGGCUAACACACACAACGUCAUGCAAUUUGAUCGCGAAAGAUUUUGUUUCAUGGUGCAGGAAAAGAUUAAUUACAACGAUGGUCGUCCAACGGGUACUUUCAGCAUUGACUUGAGGAAUCGUUUGUGUGACUGUGGAAAAUUUCAAGCAUUUCAAUUGCCUUGCUCUCACGUGAUAGUGGCAUGUUCUAGCAUACGACAGGACUACACAAUUCACAUUCCAGAGGUCUUCACAGUUCUUAACGCAUUCAAGGUCUACAAGGAAAGCUUUCUGGGACUACCGCACGAGGAGAAUUGGCCAAAAUAUGAAGGUUUUACUCUGUGCAACGACGAUUCCAUGAGAAGAAAUAAAAAGGAACGUCCAACCAAUAGUAGAAUUAGAAAUGAGAUGGACGACGCUGAAAAAGAGAAGAGAAGGUGUGGGAUUUGCAGAGAAAUAGGUCAUAUGCGUAGAAAAUUUCUCAAUGUUGCCGGUCCGUCAAACCGACCGAAUAGAUAA